AUGUUGGCAAAACCGUUAGGCAAGAGAUGCCGACCUUUGAUUGGUGCAGAGGUUAUUGAUUCCUUUCAAGGCUUGAAAGGGCUCAAAUGGAAGUUAAUUAUAGAAAAAGGAAUUGAUGGAUAUGAACUUCGUAGAUAUUUUACGCUUUCCUUUGAUAAGAAACUCAAAGAGGUUGUGCUAGAGUCUUAUUUAGCUGAAGUAAUAUCUCGUUCUAAGGCUAUACAAGAAGCAGAAAGGGUGGUAAAGCUUUAUAGCCGUGAUCUUGGUCAUGAAUGGAGUCCUAUUAUUCUUGAACACCCAACUACAUUUGAGAAGUUGGCAAUGGACCCAAAGCAGAAGAGGAUGCUCGAGGAUGAUCUGUACAGGUUUGUUAAUAGAAAGGAGUGGUAUAAGAAAGUUGGCAAGGCAUGGAAGCGAGGGUAUUUGCUUUACGGCCCUCCGGGUACUGGUAAAUCAAGCUUGAUCUCUGCCAUGGCUAACUACCUCAAGUUUGAUAUCUAUGAUUUGAACCUUUCACGCAUACACUCAGAUUCAGCGUUGAGAAGGAUAUUUCUUUCCACAUCUAAUCGUUCAAUAAUGGUAGUUGAGGAUAUUGAUUGUGCACAGUUGGAAGAUCGAGAGAAUGAAGAUAUGUUUGAUGAUCUUCUGAGAGCCUAA